AUGGUUAUAUCCCAGGCAUCCACAGAGAACUGGGUAGGCUCAUGGAGACCACAUAAACCAAGGGGACCGAUUGCAGCACACUAUAGCAGUCCAGGGCCAAAAUAUGGACUCCCAGGUUCUACAGGAACUCAUAAUCAUGAUCCCAGAAAACACCAAUUCCCUGCAUAUAGUUUUGGACUUCGUCACUGUGCACUCAGCAGGGAAUGCUCUCCAGGCCCAGCAUAUUUCGUACCACCUUGCAUCACUCGGACUGGAAAGGAAGGUGUCCCCUCCUAUUCAUUGUAUGGACGUCACAAGGAGUUCAACAAAUUUCGGACUCCUGGUCCUGGGCAUUAUUAUCCCGAACAUUCUGGGAAGAAUGUAUUUACAACAGCUCCAGCAUACACCAUGGGUUCAAAAUGUAAAGGGUUUAAAAAUGAACAAAGUCCAGGUCCAGCGGCAUACUCACUCCCCCCUAUGUUGGGACCCAAAGUGGUGAACAAAUCAUCAUCACCUUUUUAUUCCAUGUCUGGAAAGAACAAUACUGGAAGCUUCUGUGAAGACCUAAAAAAAUCUCCUGGUCCAGCUUCAUACACAGCAACAGAUCUCAAUACCUACAAAUAUAAGUCACCUCAGUUCAGCAUGGCAGGACGCAAUGUCAUGCCAGGGGACUCGACAAGGAAACCAGGACCAGGAGCGCACUGCCCAGUGGAAGUCACAGUCACUAAAGCCAAAGCUCCUUGUUUUACAUUUGGAAUUAGACAUUCCCCAUAUCUGGCACCACUGAUUACCACUGGAGCUAAAUAAUACAGGAGAACAUCAAAAUUGAACACAAUUCCUGGACAUCAUUGACGAGUACACAAGUCAGGGGUCUGGUCCUAGGAGAAUUUUCAACAAGGAGCCAUUCCAGACAAUUUCGCUGCUUUGGACACA